AUGGAGGAAGGAAAAAGAAACGGCGUCUUCGCGAUGACGACGACAAAGAUUAUGACGAUGAUGAUGGAUAAAAGAUUAGUAGUUGUGACGCGUGCCCACAAUAAUAAUACGAAUAACAACAACAAAGAAGAAGAAGAAGAGCAACAAAAGUUGUUAUACAAGUUUUGGGAAGAUUCGGAGCGACUCGCAAUUCUUGGUUUGUGGUUUUCGUUGCUCGCGGUGGCGACGUUCGUGGCACCAAAGACGGUGGGGUCGUUCGAUGCGGAUUUAAUCGCGCAACUCGUUUCCUCUCCGUUUCAAGGUCAAGUGAACCCACUGUUUGAGGCUUUGUUUAACAGUUUAGGGGUCGUUCCUAUGGUGUACGCGUGUUUACUCGUUCCGGGCGGUGGCGAAAAACAGCCAAAGUUGCAACCGAAGUUUUUCGUCGGCGCGUCGUUCGCUCUCGGAUUUUUCGCGUUGGGACCGUAUUUAAUCGCCCGGACGCCGGUGAUAAACGGCGUAAAGAAAUCCAAUUUAGGAUUUAUCACCAAGAAUAUUCUCGAAUCUAAAAUUAACGCGUUGUUGUUGACGGCGUUUAGUGGGUUUUUAUAUUUCUGGGCGUUCUCGCACGUUUUCGACGCCGCGGUGGUUUCGGAGUUUGUGACGUUGUUGACGAAACAAUCGACGUUGGCGUGCGUGUCUACCUGCGAUUUAAUCGUCUUGUCGUUGGUGAUGAAAACGGCUAUACAGGAGGAUUUACAGAGACGCUCGUCGUCGUUGUCAUCAUCAGCAUCAUCUGAUGUGAACCCAUUGUUUUAUUUAUUACCCGUGUUAGGUCCGUCGUUGUAUUUGUUAACUCGACCGGAGUUGGAAGAAUGA